AAAACAGAAAACAGAAACGAGUGAGAGCAAGAAAUCUUCAUAAUAAAACAAGACAAGGAGACAACAAUUCUUGAAAAUGGAUAGAACCCACGAGGAGACAGCAUGGUCAAACCCUCCUGAUCUGCGAAUCGUAAUGUUGGGGAAAACAGGAGCAGGGAAGAGUUCCUCAGGGAACACCAUUCUUGGAAAAACAACGUUUAAAAAGGAAAGUUCACCAACAUCUGUGACAAGGGAGUGUGUGAAACAUGGAACAACAAUUGCUGGUAGAGAAGUUUCUGUGAUUGAUACACCUGGAUUUUUGGACACAAAUCUGUCUAAAGAUGAGCUACAACAAGAAAUUGGGAAGUUCAUCAUUCUUACCUUACCAGGGCCCCAUGUGUUUUUGGUGGUGAUGACAUUGUCACGAUACACACCAGAGGAUAAACUAAUUGUAGAAUGGGUUAAGAAUACCUUUGGAGAAGAGGCAUCAAAAUAUACAAUGGUGCUGUUUACCCAUGGAGAUGACCUUGACAAAUCUGUUGAAGAGUUCAUAGGCAAGAGUGAAGACCUCUCCCAGUUUGUCUCCAGCUGCGACGGUAGAUAUCAUGUCUUCAAUAACAAAGAGCAGAACGAUUUCAAACAGGUUGAGGAGCUUCUGAAGAAGAUUGAUGAGAUGGUGAGAGACAACGGAGGUGCCCACUACAGUAAUGAAAUGUUCCAGAAGAUUAAUGUGGUAAUCAAUGAAGACCCAGAGAAGCAACCGACGAAAAAAGAUGAGAAUGAGGCAAGGAUUAAAUUAAUUCGAGACUUUCUACAGGCUCUGGCGAAAGGAGCGAUUAGAGUGGUGUCUGCUGUCAAUGACUUUCGCGGCCAGAAUGAGGGGUUGUUACCAGCUAUCGGUCAGGGAUGUGCAGAUCUGCAAUCAAACAUGAAAAAACUAAAAGACAUGAAACUUGUUCUUCAACCAGCUACCAACUUUGCUGCAUCAGGAAGCGGAUUGAAGUUGACUGUCAAAUUGAUUGCAAUAACUGCUUUAAUAGCAGCAGCCACAAAGGGAACUGCUAUGCUGAUAAAAUACAGACGCAGACAAGAAAGUACCAGCAAUGAUAGAUCAUAAAAUGGAUGGUCUGAAAUGACUAAUUACUUGUUUCACCAUUCUUGUUGUUUUAGCUGCUGUGAUCUGGUCAAUUUGAUAAUCAUGGUGGUGUUCUCACAAUAUGAAACAAUUCAAAAUGCAUUAACAUUGUAUAUAACGCAAGCUUGGGCGUUAUUAAUGCCUCACUUCAUUACAAGUUCUAGGCACAUUUAUUUCUUGGGCUGCACAUAUUUCCACUUUACAAUAUGUUGUUUUCCUAUUAGCUGCGUAUUGAUACGUAAAUAUUUGUAAUGAAAUGUGAAAAAUGAAAAAAAUGUCCCUCCCCCUUUUCAAAACCAUGAUCUUUUGGUGUUGGACCAGUCUGUUGGUAUACGUUCUACAAUAAAUAAAAUGGUGAAUGUAAAAU